AUGACUCUCACCGGGGUGCUACACGUCGCGGCUCUGCUCCUGCUGCAAGGGGAUUUUCCAGAAGCUGGCAGUGAAACCGUAACUCUAAAGGAAGGAGAGGACCUAAACCUCCGCUGCACCCUCGGCGGUGACCACAGUUCUGCCCGGCAGUGGUUAAACCCUCACGGGUUUGCCAUUUUUCUCAACAGCCAGCGGGCUCUAAGAGAUCAGAGGUACAAACUUAUCCAUUAUUCAAAGGAUGAAUUAUCCAUCCAACUGUCUAACGUGACAGUGCACGACGAAGGAGUGUAUAAAUGCUUCUACUACAGCAUCCCCUUCAAAAACAAGACGACGGCUGUUAACGUUUUGGCUGCUCCUUCUAAGCCAGUACUGGGAGUAUCCCAAGAUGCAGAAAGAAGAAUUACACUGUCUUGCUAUACCCAAGGAUGUAAACCACAACCCCAGAUUACCUGGCUGUUGGACAACGGGAUAGAGCUUCCUGGUGACAGUAAGCACGAGUUAGAAGCUGAUGGGAAGAAAUGGACCACAACCAGCACACUGACAGUCCUCGCCUAUGGGUCCAGCUCAACAGCCAGCUGCAUUGUUCACCACCAAACACUAAAAGGACAGAAGCUGAUGGCAUCUUUCCAGUUUGAGGACCUCCCUAGGACAGUGACAAAACCAAAUCCUGCACCAGCUGCGCUGGAGGUGGAUACACAUGUCCCUGAGAGCGAGCAACCCGCAGUGACCACAGAAACAUCAGAGCUGAACAGCAGCACGGCCUCUGCUCCAAGCUUCCCACAGCAUACUGGGUCCGAAGCAACGCCAGCUGCAGCAGGAGAGGAAGAAUUGGCUGGUUCAUCGAGUUCUUGUGUCCCCAACCGGACUGAAACAGCAUUCAAUGGCAAUGUCACAGAAGAACUUUCCAGGACAGAAGCGCCACUACCAAGUGAAAACGUAACUGUGAUUUCCGUUGUCACCUUCGAGCAAGAUCAGAAAUCUGAAGGCAUCAGAAAGAAAGAAAAUAAUCUCUUGCUGCCAAUCUUGGUGGCUGCUCUGAUCUUCAUGCUGCUCAUCAUUGUGCUGCUUUUUAUGAGGAAGCUGAAAAAAGCUCAUGGAGCGUGGAAAAGAGAAAAUGAUGCUUCAGAGCAGACGCUGGAGAGUUAUAAAUCCAAAUCUAAUGAAGACAGUCUGGGCCAUGAGAAGAAUGGACACGCUGUCAAUCAGAAAGCCAACGUGCAGUAUGUGACAGAAGGAUGUGUGGGAACAAUACAGGAGAAUCCAGGAGACCAAAACAUUGCAACGAGUGAGAAACUGUUUGGAUGUGGGAAGGAAACAGAUGUAUAGCCAUGGCAAAUCUGUUCAAUGUGCAGUAACACCACUGUUCCCUGAUUCUUUUAAUACAGCAUUCAGAUAUCAAUAUGCUUUCCAGGAGCAGAAGUACAGCUACCCUCAGUCCAAAAGCCAGUUGGAACUGCUUUUCUUUAAACGGUGGGAUGAGUAGAUGGAAGCCGUGCUCCUAAAAACCAGUUGGCAAUGAACACUGUGAUUCACCUGUAAUCCUCGGAGGAUUUCAUUAACCACCGCCAAAAAUAUUGCUCAGCAAUCCCAUCUUGGGUCCUUAUCAGCAAUUAGGAUCCCGGCAAGGGAACGUGGAGUUAGCACGGAGGGCUGCAGGAGAUGAAGAUAUUCCUGUAACGCUUCAACCACCUCCUCUGUAAGGAUGGGACUGAGCAGGAAACCCAGGAAAAACUGGGACCGUGUAUUAUUCUGACCCCAAACCUGAACAUCCAGUUCCAAGCAGGAAGGCAUCCUAAUGUCCAAAGUGUUUAAAAUAAAUAAAUAAAUUGUUCCCCCUUGCUAGGACUUCU